UUCAAAUAUUAUUAUGUUCAAUUUCAAAUUGGCUAGAUAUUUUAGUUUUAUUUUUUACUUCUAUAGUUCUAUCAAUAUCACAGUAUGUGUGAAUACUUAAUUUUGUAUUUUUUUCCUGUUUGAAUUGUGUAACAACAUAACGUGUUUAAUAAAUUGUAUGCUCGUAAGUGUACCUACCUCGAUGUUUAAUAAAUAAUAAUUAUGGCUACUGAUAUUGAAUGUUUGAAAUGGAAUACAACAAGUUUCAAACCAUCCAAUGUUUUGAACCGUACAGAAUACACUUUAGCGCUGAAACCGUCACAUUGGUUAAAUCUGAAGACAAAGGGCCACUCAAUAAAACUGUCAUAUUUAGGACUAACACAAAGAUUAGCAUCUUUAGACAAUCUGAAUAAUUUAUAUGUUUAUGAUUGGUCCAAAGCUGAUUUAAAAACCAUAAAGACAAAAUAUGAACAUAAUAGUAGACUUACAAGUUUGACGAGCAAUUCUUUAGGAAAUAAAAUAGUUACAUGUUCAGAUAAUGGAAAAAUUCAAAUAUGGAACCAUAAGUUUUCUAGCUGGAAGAUUUUAGCUGAAUUCAGAGGUCAUUACCAGUGUGUACGGAAUGUUCAGUAUUCUGUCGACAACAAUUAUUUAAUAUCUUGUUCAAAUGAUAAAACAUUUAAAAUAUGGGAUUGUCAAUCUAAUAAGUUUUUAGCUAGUAAUAUGUUUCAUCGUAAUUGGGUGAACAUAGCAAAAUUUUUCAAAGAAGACAAACUUGUUGUUUCCUGUUCAAGAGAUUCGUAUGUACAAGUUUUUGAUUGUUGUUCUGGAAAAUGUGUUGCAAAGUUCAACUUGAGUCCAGAUUUUGCAGAAUCACUUUCACUAAAAGAAGAGUUCUCAAUAGCGGUAGGUACAAACCAAGGGUCUGUACAAAUUUUUGAUCUGAGAGCUUUAAAAGUUUUACAAAAAUACAAUGAACACACAAGUCAAGUAAAUUGUGUUCAAUUUCAACAUAAGACUCCGUGUUUAGUAUCUGUUUCAAAAGAUAAAAAAUUAAAUGUUUACGAUACUAAUGAAGGGAGAUUUUUGUAUUCAAUUGAUCACUUUAAUGAAAUAAGAUCAAUGAAUAUUUCCUUGGACGAUAAAUUACUUGCAACAACAUCGUUUCAUUUUGAAAAUGAGAUUACUUUAUGGGCAACUGAGACACUGUAAUUUGAAAGGUUUAAUCCAUUUCACUUUUUAAUAUUUGUAUGAUAUUUUGUUAAUUGUUUGUGUACAUAUAUAUAUAUAUAUUUUAUUUAUUUAUUAAAAAAAUUGUCUUAUUUUAGAUAAAAUUAAAACUGGGUAAAAACUAAGAAUUCGUUUUCAAUCAUACAGCAAACUUUGAAACCAGUUUUCAAUUCUAAAAUAUUUUUUGUAUAUAUAUAAAACAGUUAUACCUUAAAAUUAUCUAGUUGCUUCAAGAUUAUAAUUUUUAAACCAGUGAUCUGUAUUUUUUUAUUUUUUUAACAUAGCUGUUUGAACAUGAUUAACAACUAAUUUUAAAAGCAAUAAUUUUUGAAGAAUAAAAGUGGGCUCAUGCAUUCUGCCUCAUGCAUUGUUUCAUUAAAUAUACCAAAUUACAUUCUAUUCAUACCCAUAAUUAUUAAAAUUACUAAGCAAAUCUUAAUUAAAAUUGUUUUUAUCAAAUGUAUUCAUCUUUCAUAAACUAAAUGUUUUAGUAUUAUAAAUUGAUUGCAAUUCACUUAUAAUUAUAUUUCCAUUGCAAUGAUAGAC